AAUCAAAAGCCUCUCUCCACACUCCAUCCAUUCCUUCACUCUCAAACUCUGCAAAAGACAGAGAGAGAGACCAAGCUUAAAGGCAUGACAGUUUCAUUCUUUAUUUCCCAUAUUACCCCUCUCACAUUCUUUUGUUUCCUCCUCCUAUCCUCCUCCGCCGCCGCUGAUCUCAACAUAACCUCCAUCCUCUCCUCCUUCCAAAAUCUAACCUCCUUCUCCUCCCUCCUCACCUCCUCAUCAGUCGCCUCUGACCUCACGCGUCGCCAAGACCCCAUCACUGUACUCGCCGUCCCCAACUCUUACCUCUCCAUUCCUCCUGCUUCCGACCUCACGCGCCGCCUCCCACCGUCCUCACUCGGCGACAUCCUCCGUUACCACGUCCUCCUACAUUAUUUCUCCUGGACCGACCUCCUCCAGAUCCCGCCGUCCGGCGUCCUCGUAACCACCCUCCUCCAAACAACUAGCCGCGCCCCUGCCAACUUCGGCGCCGUCAACAUCACGCGCAACCCGUUAACUAACUCCAUUACGAUCCAAUCACCGGUCACUUUCUCCCCUUCAAACGCCACCGUUUUGUCCGUGAUCAAGACGCUGCCGUACAACAUCACGAUCCUCGCCGUUGAUUCCCUCCUCGUUCCGUAUGACUUCAAUUUAAUGACUUCAGAAACCCGCCCUCCCCUGGGCCUCAACAUUACCAAAGCCUUAAUCGACGGCCACAAUUUCAACGUUGCCGCCGCAAUGUUAUCCGCCUCCGGUGUCGUCGAUGAAUUCGAAGCCGACGAAGGCGGCGCCGGGAUCACACUCUUCGUCCCCACCGACGGCGCUUUCGGCGAUCUGCCGGGAAACGUUAGAUUAAAGUCUCUUCCGGCGGAUAAGAAAUCGGUGGUUCUAAAAUUCCACGUGCUUCAUUCAUAUUAUCCUUUGGGUUCGCUCGAGUCGAUCGUGAACCCGGUUCAACCCACGCUGGCGACGGAGGAUAACGGCGCCGGCAGCUUCACUCUCAACAUUUCUCGAGUCAACGGAUCCGUUGCGAUCGAUACGGGGAUUGUUCAAGCGUCGGUUACCCAAACAGUUUUCGACCAAAACCCCGUCGCCAUUUUUGGGGUUUCCAAGGUUUUAUUGCCUAGAGAGGUUUUCGGGAAAGAUUCAGCCGGGGCAAUGGCGAAGCCGGGGAAUCCUGUGGUGGGGACGAACGUUCAGCCGCCGGAAACAUCCCCGUCCCCGGAGAAUUCACCUUGGUUAAGCGGUCCAGCUUCAUCCCCGUCUGGUUUUCACGAAGAUAUGAAAUCUAACGGUGAGAGAUUCCGAUUGCAAAGCUGCAUUGUUGCUCUAUGUUGUAUAGGAUUGUAUCUACUGGUAUGAGCUUGAACCUUGAAGUUUAUUUUUUUUUACUGCAAAUUACUUAUUUUUUGUGUUUAUUUUUCACAAUGAAUUGAAUUAUUGGCUACAAAAGAAGCCAUUUUUUAA